CGAAAUUUUCAAUUGAAAAAAAAACAAAACAUUAACCUUUUCCCCAACUUCACUAUUUCAAAUGUUAGAUACUAUAGUAAAUAACGGCAAAGACUUGAGAUGUCCGAAUGAAUGUUGAUAUACCUUUACACGAUUUGAAUAAUUUCCUUUAAAAAAACAAAAGAUGAUGAUUGUGAUACACAAAACCCUGCUCAAAAUUUUAAAAAAUGUAAAAAGAAUCCCUGGGUCUUGAUAGGCAAGAAAAUUUUAGUAAUUGAAAGAAAAAGCGUAUUUGUCAUUUACGGGAAAAUUCUAUACGGGGGCGGUUUUUCCCAGGGGGAAAUUGGGCCCGAAUUAAUUCUUCCUGGGAGGAUUAUAUACUAGGCCCAUCUUGCCGAGGGGAAUGUCUAUAAUGGGCCCAUUUUUUCUGGGGGAAAGUGUAUGCGGGGGGGGGGGGAUUCUAUGCUACAACACCGAGUUCCACAUUCCAGACGCCAAACUAACGUGUGAGGCGUUUAUCACUGUUCCUUACCAAGUGUCCGGCAUAAACAAGACAAUGUCACGGAUAUUUCUAUAAAUAAAUAAGCUAACGCUAGUAUCUAUAGUACUGUCUCAGUAUGAGAGAGACGCAAUGGAUUCAAUAUAAUAAAAACUAGAUGUUAGAUCCGCUCAUAUACACACAACACAUAUUGUAAAAUAUCAAGCAAUUAAAAAACUUUUACAAAAAUGUCGGAAUUGAAUUUGCAAUCAUGCAUGAUAGACAAAAUGGUUUAUAAAUAUUGUUUCGCUAGAUUUAUGGCGUGCUGUUGUAUUUCAAACGUGAGCAUAGGCGUAGCUUGAGUUCGAAUAUUACUGAGGCUAUCGACAUUUUAACAACGUAAAAGGUGGGUUUUUUUUUUACCGAGGCAGCUGCCUCGGUUGCCUCAAUGGAUCUUAUCACAAUGAUAGUCUAAAAAUAGCAUUGAAAAUUCCCCAAGCGACCGAAAGUAAGAAAAAUCCCCUUUACUAAAUAUAUACACCGUGAACGCUGUACAGUGUAAUGUAGUCUGGUCCCUCUUCCCACAAUUCCGUGCGCGCACUCUUUCAAUGUAGACUAUUGACUAUACACUAAUGGAGACGUUGUGUAUUAGACGUCGAAGUGGCAUACAAUGACAAGCAUGAGUCUUACGGAUAUAACUAAAAGAUCCAUGCAUUAAACAACACAUCAGUACGAUGGGGGACGCUCCAAGUCCGACUGUUGUGUGUUUUGACCCAAAGAAAGGAGAAGAGAACUUUGCGCGGCUAUGUCAGUUCUUGAUGACGAUCUGCGGCGACAUCUUAAGAGUGGUUUUAUCUCACUAUAUAAAACCUGGUGACCUGCGAUUACAACUGGACAUGAAUCAAUCCAAACUUAACAGAAUAACUAAUACACAGGAAAUGGAUUUACUGUACCCGCCGCAUUCUUCUACAACAAGUAGUCCACCAAUCAGAUCAAGAGAUCUAGAUUUAUCAUUAUUGUAUAGAAUUCUGAGAAAUAUCUGCAAUAUUUCCAAACAUAGGGCUGGAUGGGGAAACCCCCCAGUCUCGGGUGACUAUUGUGUAUCUGCUUGCAUAGAGAGGAUAAGACUCUUACGAAAUUCCAUAUCUGGUCAUUCAACGAAUGGAACGAUUGGCGAUGUGCAAUUCGAAGAUUACUGGCAGGAAUUGAGAACGUCGGUCGUGGAGAUUGAGAAAGAGGUCAUCGGAAGCGACAAGUAUGAGAGAGGAAUAGACCAUUUGCAUGACUGUGAUUUAAACCCAACCAAAUCCAAAGAAUAUGUAGCCCAGAUUCGUAGACUACGAGGACAAGUAUCUAUCAAACGAGAGAGAAUCGACAUGGUAGAACAUGCAUGUAUUGAAAUUGGAGAGGAAAAUGAAGCUAAAAAGGCUCGCCUGGAUAAAGUUGAGAAAAGUGUUUCUGACAUGAAAGUAUAUUUGGGGAAAGCAGAACAAAAUCAGACAGACAUCCUCACAGCUGCCAAAGAAGAAAUAUUGAAAGAAAUAAAAUCAUCCGAGUUAAGAAUACAGCAGAAAAUAAACAAAUCUGACUGCACAAGUACCGACAGGACUCCGUCUGCAGAGUUCAAAGAUAAACAUAUUACAAAAACAACGAAGAUCAAAUUUGAAACGUUUUUUCCUAAGAAAACCACAAGUGCAACACUUGAUAAGAAAUGUUGGCUAGGAUUUCAUCGUGCUGGAAAAGGCAUGUCGCUGUAUCUUCUUAAUGACAGUAAUGUUAUAAAAAAGGUGUUUAUACCAAAUCAAAAUGUCCUACCCAUAUCGUGGAGCAAUGUUGCAACAAACGACAAUGGAGAGGCCGUGUUUACAUGUGAUAAGUCAGUACUAACCGCUACACAGGACGGAACAGUCUAUAAGUUAUUUGAUACUCCGUUUUUAAUUAGAAAGUUCUGCAUCCUUCAUUCCGGCGACUACUGUUUUGUAACUUCAAAUCCCUUUGGUUUGUUUUUAUAUAUCCACGAAUCUAGUGUAAAUGGUGUUCCAUUACGUCUAAUUAAUAUUACAAAACAGAUAAACAUUUACGACGUUUCUUCUAUCAGACAAAAUCACAAUGGAGACAUCGUAAUCACUAAUUAUAGAAGUUUGAUUAUACUUCGGGCCGAUUUCAGCUUAAAACACAGGAUUCCAUUAACAGAGCCUGGAGUGGUUGUCCCAUGUAUGAACAGUCGUAGUGACUUACUGUAUGGUCAUAUACAGACCAUAGACUUACUGCGAAAUAAUGGAGAAUUUGUCAAAACUGUCUAUACAACACAGGAAGAUAAAGAUAUAGCAAGCAUUGCCUUCAGUGUGGAUGGUACCGCCUGGAUUCUUUAUAAUACUGACGAACUGGACAUUCACGAACUGGAAAUUCUCGAACUGGAAAUCUGAAGAGAGAAGCAUUCCAUGUCGGCUUAGAAAGCCAUCUUUUAUUUAGAAAUUGGAAAAAUAUCAAUUAGUAAAUAUCAUCACCAUGUUCUUCUAUCCGUCGGUUCCGAUAUCUGACGAGUUGUCUAUCACUGAACGCAUGGAAUGUAAACUAAUCCAAUUUUUUGCUCGUGGAAUGUUGACAUAUUUACAUGUACUCGUAUGCAGACCCAGAAUAUUUUCGCGGUGGGUGAAGCCUACGCAUCUUGGUAUUUAACCAAGUUUAUGAAAAAUUAAAAAUAAAAAUGUGUAGAUCAAUGCAUUAUUUAUCAUAAAGAAUAUUUCAGGAGCGAUCUUAUUCAUUACAUAUAUUUCUUUUUUAUUUCUUACUGUAGUGUAACAUUUUACUCAGCUCUCAUACAUGUAAAAAUCAUAAAUCUCUGGCUCAGUUAAAGGGCGAUAGAAUGAAUGAAGCACAGUUAAUGUAUCACCGCCACACAAAGGGAAAACCGCUCUAUUUAUAUGCAGUGUUUAUAGAUUAUAGAGUAAAUUCAAACAUAAAGAUCAUUUAAAGGCAAAAUCGAACUUGGUAAUGUUGCAGAAAGUUUUAAAAUGUGUCAAUUGCUGUAUUAUACCCCCACCCCCAUUUCAAAAAUAUAUUGAAAACGAAUUGGCAAUAUUUACGAGUAAAUUGAAGUCGUUAAUAGUGCAUGUAUAAACGCAAAUGUGAUUGUAAUAAUGAAAUAAAUUUUCAAAUUAAA